AUGGCCAGCUCGCCUGCGGGUCACGACGUUCGGCCGGAGUCGGCGGAGGCGAGCCGCCCGGAGCCCGCUUGCCUGGAGGCGCAGAAAUGGAUCGAGGCGGUGACGGGGAAGAGCUUCGGGGACAAGGACUUCCGCAGCGCCUUGGAGAACGGCAUCCUGUUAUGCGAGCUUCUGAGCGCCAUCAGACCGGGCCUGGUCAAGAAGAUCAACAGGCUGCCCACUCCCAUCGCCGGCCUGGACAACCUAUCAGUCUUCCUUCGAGGCUGCGAGGAACUGGGCCUAAAAGGCUCGCAGCUGUUCGACCCGGGUGACCUCCAGGACACCUCCGUCCGAGCCAACCUCAAGGACUCUGAUUGCUGUCGCAAAUUGAAAAAUGUUUUGAACACCGUCUUCUGGCUGGGUAAAGCGGCCAGCGGUUGCGCCUCCUACAGCGGACCCACGCUCCACCUCAAGGAAUUUGAGGGGCUGCUGGCCAAUAUGAAGGAUGGCGAAGAAGGGGCCGACGGCUCGCAGAAGCGUAGCGUUCGAGACAGCGGCUACGACUGCUGGGACUCGGAGCGCAGCGACUCGCUCUCGCCGCCCAGACACACUCGAGACAACUCGCUAGAUAGGUCGGACAAAUCCCUCCUUUGUACACCGAGCAAUGAAACAGACAUGGUCCUUUGUCUAAUUGGCAGCCUGGACUCGUUUGGCUCGCGUUCGCAGCACAGUCCUUCUCCCGACGUGGUCAACCGAGGCAACAUGGAAGGACGAGAGGCCGACCCCGACGCGGACGGCGGCAGGAGACCCGACGUGCAAAAGGACGACAUGUCGGCCCGCCGCGCGGCCAGCGGCGAAGCGCGAAACCCCGUCGUCUUCAAUCAGUUCUUGCCCAACCGGAGCAACGCCGGCCUCUACGUCCCCAACGCCAGACGCCGACCUCACGCCGAGGACGGGGAACAGCGCAGGCCAGUCGAGGGUAAAAAGACUCAAAAGAGCGUCACGUGGGCCACGGACCGCCGAGGCGGAAAGGAAGUGUGCGAACGGACCAGGCUACAGAAGCUAGAGACGGCGGGCAUCAAAGUUCUGCCCGCCGCGCUUCGCUACCGGAGCCCUUCCUCUGCUCCGGAGAAACCGGAUUCACCCGAUAUCAUCCUCCGCCGCGACAAUGACUUUUUGAGCUCUCGCAAAGCCCCUUGGGACUCCUCGUCGGACGGAGAAAGCGAGGACCAGAAGGUACCGGAUGUGCGCAAGGACGACCUCGCGUCCCGACGGGCCGCCCGGGGACCCGCGGUACCCGAGGCGCAUCAGUUUGUCACGGCGCCGCCGUCGCUGGAGCGCAAAGACCGGGAACGCUGGGAAAGCAUCAGACGAUCGUCCCGCGAAACGCUAAAGGACACCAGGUUAGACGACUCGGCGCUUUCGCGGGUGCACGCCGUUUCUUCGCUCACUUUUCUAACCCGGCGACGGGACAGCGAACUGGAGAAAAUCCCCGACAUCGUUACUCGCCAAAGACGAGACGUGGACGAGGAGAGCGAAGACGAGGUCGCGGGAAGGCUAAAAGCGACGCCCGACAAGCAAACGGACGACCUGGCCCUCAGGCGGGCUCAGGUUAGGCCGCCCCCCCUCCGCCGGGACGGACCCGCGAGUUUGCCGUCGGGCGCCAUGAGCCGAGUGGACGUUCAGAAGUGGGAGCGACUCAGGAUGAGCGAACCCAGCCAUCGCGACCCCGUCCCCGUGUGUCGGGCUUGUCGGGAGAAAAGCCGCGCCGGCGGCGGACGGGGUCCCGGCGAAACGUCGCUAGGACGACUCCUCGCCCGGGCGACGGUCGCCGUGACGACCGUCGCCCCGGGCUUGCCGCCUUAUGGGCGGGAAGGCAGCCUCCCUGGUGAACAACAGCCCUGCGAUGACCCCUACGCCGGUUCCCCCGAGUUUCCCCGCGCCCCGGCCGAGCCGGACGCUGGUCUCGCCGAGCGUGAGCAAAGUUUCAAAGAGGAAGAAGAAGACGAGAAGAUGCCGGACGUUCAAAAAGACGACAUGAUGGCGCGCCGAACCGGAAUUUUCCACAACCGGAGCUCGGCUUUGAGUUCUUACAACCGUUUCCUGCCUUCGCCCGCUUCUAAAUCCAAAGUCCAGGUCGCCGACAAGAGCCGUAACGUCAGAACUGAAGAAGGAUUAACGGAUAAUCGCCACCAAAACGAGGUUCUUCCCCAAACGGAGACAACGACUAGCGGGACGGGGUGUCUCCUAAAAUCUAACGCCGCCUUCCGGCGGUUUCUACCGAUGCCGGGUGCGCUUAAAAACCACACCGGAGAAAGUUCCGGAACGGAACGAGCGCCUAAAAUGUCCGAAAAGAGGCUUACGGAAUCGGGCGACGAUCUGCCGCCGAUGAUGAUGAGCCGGCGAGUGGCAUUUGCGCCGGAGGAUGGCCAGAGCGUGAGCAUGGGCGACAUGGCGGAGCAGGAAGAGGCGGAACAGUCGCGUUACGAACGCAUGCAGGAGCAGUACAACCAUUUCCAAGACGAGGACGACCAGUGGCAGAGUGACUUGGCUCGUUGGAAAAGCCGUCGUCGCUGCGCCUCGCAAGAGCUGAUCAAGAAGGAAGAGGAGCGCAAGCGCAUGGAGAUGUUGAACGGCGACAAGAGGAAGAGCAUCAAAACCUACAAGGAGAUCGUGGAGGAAAAGGAGCGUCGAGAGGCGGAGCUUUGCGAGGCGUACGGCAACGCGGCCACGCCGGAGGAGGCGGCGAUGGUUCUGCAGCGCUACGCUCUCCGCUUUACCAUCAGCGAAGCCACCUUGGACUUCUUAAAGCUGCCUCGACUCUCCCCGGACCCCGAGCUGAUCCGUGACACCGGCGAGCCGGAAUCCACCUAUGAAGACGGCCAGCAAAACAAUCCACCAUCUUGCGAAUCCACACCACCUCAAGGCCAAGAACCCCGCUACCUUCCGAGCCAAUCGUCUCCGAGCGAACCGGAGCCGGCGGCCGAAUCGGACCCGGAACCCCGACUUCGACCUCCGAAACCUGAGCGGACGCCGCCCGACCCCGCGAAACCUGCGCCCGCGUCCUCCCGGCCCGUCCCCCUGCUCGCCGCCAAGCCGUACCGCCGACCGCGCGGCUCACACGGAGCCAAGACGGACGGCCUGGUGCGCGUCACCGGCGACGCGGACGCUUCACUGAUCCACUCGCCGUCGGAGAAGGACGCUUCGCCGUCGACGUCUAAACCGGCAGAAUCGCCGCCUCCUCCCCUCGCGGCCUCGACGUCUACGCCGGCGGCCUCGCCGUCGACACUGGCGGAAUCGCAGCCUCCUCCCCCCGCAGCCUCGACGUCUACGCCGGCGGAAUCGCCGCCUCCUCCCCUCGCGGCCUCCACGUCUACGCCGGCGGACGGCUCGCCUCCUCCUCCCCCCUCGGCCUCGUUUUCUUCGUCGUCUUCGUCCUCCACCAUCAGCUCGCUCUUCAGCGGGAGGAACUGCGUCACCAAGACCACCAUCGUCACGGAGCUCACUCAGACGCUGGUGGAAGACCAAAGUCAGGUGAACGGAAGUGUGACGACCGCCGAGGAAAAACAAGCCGAGUCUGUGUCGACGUCCACCUCCGUGAGCAGCGUACAAGAAGGUCGUCCCGGUGUCACAGACGUUCGACAGGAGAGCACCAUAAGCAUUGAGACCCCCGUGUUGAACUUGGCUAAACGUGUUAAUCAUUGGGUCUGGGACCCCAAUGAGGAGCGUAAGCGCGUGGAAAGGUGGCAACGGGAGCAGGAGCGCCUCCUACAGGAGCAGUACCAGAAGGAACAGGAGAAGCUGAAAAAGGAGUGGGAGAAAGCUCAAGCGGAGGUGCAGGAGGAGGAACGCAAGCACAACGAAGAGGAAAGGAAGAUCCUGGAGGAGACCGUCACGCCCCUCAAGCCUCACUCGGGCGGCGCGAUGCCGCCGCCGCCGCCGCCCCCCGGCGACCGAGAAAGCGUCGACCGUCCGGUCGCCUCGCGGCAAAACGGCUACAAAGACACCCCGGGAAACGAAGAGCAGCAUAAACCCCAAUUGCACUUUUUACAAGACAAAUUCGCUCGCUUUCUUUUAGAUGGCGAGCCGUCCAGCAAGUCCCAAUUGUGGAAGACGGCGUCGUUGGACCGGAACGCUCAGGCCGAUCUGCCGACGCACGGUGUUAAGAGGUGCGGUUCCCACGACGGCUUCGCCGGAACGCAGACCAAGUCUUCGCCGAGCCGAUGCAUAACUGGAAAAAGGCAAUGCUCCGGUUGUUCGCGACCCCUCGGAAAAGGAGCGGCGAUGAUCAUCGAAACGCUCGGGCUCUUCUUCCACGUGCCGUGUUUCAAGUGCGGCGUGUGCGAGGGCGAGCUCGGGUCGGACGUGCGGAUCCGUAAUGGACUCCUGAGCUGUCACCGCUGCUACGUGACCGCUACGGGUGCAGGACAACCCACCACAUUAUGA